AUCUUUUACGCGGCAUUGUGUAUGGAAUAAUACGCCGUAAGAAUAACCCUAUAGUGCUCUGCCAUCAGAGGUUUGUGCAAAUAUAAGAGCCACGAGACGACGUAUAAAUUGGUCCCUCUGAAUAAAAUCUGAUUUUGGAUGACAACAAUAAAAUGAAUUCUUUAACAUGGAUAUGACAGGUUGAAGGAAUUAAAUUGAAAAAGUUAUCUUUUGUUUGUUAUUUUAAAACUUAACAGUCGUAAGCCGCUGUCUAUGUUGAAAAGUCCAAAUGCACACGAAGUUCUUUCACAUAAUUAAAUUCCUUCUGCAGUAAAAUCCGCUAUAGUGGUGGGAGCAGGUAAAUUUAACUGUUUCUUUAUACCGUGGUGUUUAACAGGAUACGAAAUCGUUUGCUUUAAUACAUUUUACAAUUGGAGGCAUGUUCAACAUCAGGAUAUUGGAAUAAAAGUCCGUUGAUGUGAAAAGUCAUGUCUAACGAGGAGAGCUGGGUUUUCUACUACAAGAAACAGCAGACCAUUCCGAACAUAGAUCGUAUGCCCAUACACCAUCUGAGUUGCCCACGAGAAAGGAAGCGGAUCAUCCGAGUAUCAAACAAAAACAAGAAGUCAGCAGACGACACUGAGGAGAAAGAAAAUGAAAGACGAUUCUCGUCCUUUCAGAGGAAACGUCUAGAUUCUGAUCAGCUAGAUCUGGAGCUUCGGGUGUCGGACACAGAUAGCGAUAAUGAAGAUGGCCAGGAAGAUGAGAACAAAAUAAGUCAACAAGUUUACGUUAACGCUUGUAAGCAUCUCCACGUCACACCCGGUAAAAAGAUAUUACGUAGUUUGGCAUCCACGCAAGUGUCAGCGAAGGAGCGGAUCGUGAAUCAGAAAGAGGUGGAGUCCAUUGCAUAUGCCCUUGCUACAAAUAGCUCCGUUACAUCCUUAGAUUUGUCCGGAAACAACAUUGGUCACGAGGGUCUCCUGAACGUCUUGCGCAUGCUCGACGAGAACACCAGCAUCACAUACCUCAACAUAUCUCACAACAAACUGGGUUCCAAAGCAGUGUCUUUACUCAGAGAUUUGAUCUCAAGCAAUAAGAAAAUUAAGACUCUGGAAGCUGCAGGGAACCAGUUUAAUGACAAUGAUGCUGAGACGAUAGCUGAGGGAAUAAGAUCGACAAACACACUGAAGUCCCUAAAUCUCAGUCAGAACGCUUUCCAAGAGAAAGGAGGAGAAGAUAUCGCAGGAGCAAUAGAGGAAAAUGUAUCUCUUAAAGAACUUAAUUUAAGUUGGAACCAUCUAAGACUAGAUGGCGCAGUAGCUAUAGGGGGAGCCUUAACAAAUAAUUCCACUCUUCAAGCCUUGUAUAUAGCUUGGAACGGUUUUUCCAAUGAAGGCUGUAGAGAGAUAGGAACGGCAUUACAAACAAACAACUCUCUAGAACUAAUUGAUCUAAGUAACAAUAGGAUUACCUUAGAUGGAGCAAAAUGGCUCGCCAAAGGAAUCAUUGUGAACACAAGUCUUAAGCAUCUGAAGCUAAACCUGAAUUCUCUCACGACUCUUGGAGCUAAGACGAUAUUACUGGCAAUUCGUGAUAACCCCGACAGUGCAAUAAAUACACUGGAACUGAAGGAGGUUCCUGUGUUAGAAGAGGCAAUCGAUAUCAUUGAAGAACUAAAAUCUUCCCGGAAACGCUUUGUAGUAGUUCAUGAUGUUACAGUACUUUCUGAAGAUGUUCUCAGUCUCUCAGAGUCCUCGAAUAAGCCAAGAAGAAAAAAGUCCAAUAAGAAAUCUUCCAAAUCUAAAGUGAAAAAAUAGUUUUAAUUUCCAAUUGUUCUAUUUGACUGGUUUGUUACCACUUUUGUUAAUUUUAU